UUGGCGACUCGUCGCCAUUAAUAUCGGCUCGUCCUUUCGAAGCUCCGUUUUCUCUCAAUACCUUCGCUAUAUCCGUUCUCCAGCAUUUGGAGAACGGCUAACUCCUUUCAGGGGCUCAGUUUUUCGUUUUAGGAGGAAAAGCUCAGAUUUCUCGGGGUCCCGGCCCCGCAGUUUGAGCUCCCGUUCACUCCGUCUCCUUCCUCGUAGUUCGCUACUUUAUUUUGAGACGCCUGAUCUGUGUCUCUUUUUCUCGGUUUGUUUUGUUGUCAAGAUGUCGCCGUAAUGGAGUCUCCGCGUAUGACAGAAAUGAGCCAGGGCCUUCGCCGCCUGACCCGCACUCGCAGCAACCUGUUUUCAUCCCCCCCUUUUACCCCGUUUAAUGCUAGAGAGCUCGGACACUCUCUCCCCGGACCUCGGCCUCAGAAAUCCGCAAAGCAGGAACGUCACAAUCAUGGAGAAAAACCCAAACAACAACACCAGCAACAAAGUUCCGCCCCGUUCAGGUUCGACCGGCCCACCCACUGGCGAUUCUAAACCUAAAACAGACAGUAAGAAUGGUGGAGGGUCGAAACGCUACGGCCGUAAACGAGAGCCCUCCUACCCCAAGACGGACAGCUUCCCUGGCCCCCGUCGCCCCAAUCCACAGAAAGGCAAGAGUUUUGACAAGAGACCCCCCCAGAGAGGAGGCGCUGCAGGAGCAGGUGGAGGAGGAAAACAGUAUGGCCCGGGUGGAGGCAGAAGGGAAGAGGUAGCCGAGGCUCGCCGGGCAGAGUUCAGCCCGGCUCAGUUUGCUGGACCCAAGAAGAUCAGUCUGAACCACCUGCUGAACUUCACCUUCGAGCCCCGCGGCCAUGGACCCCCCGGAGGGGAGGGCCACACCUGCUGGGGCCGCCGCAACAAAUGGGGCCACAAGCACAAGCCCUUCAACAAGGAGCUCUUCCUGCAAGCCAACUGCCAGUUCGUUGUGACGGAGGAUCAGGAUUACACAGCCCACUUCACUGACCCGGACACACUGGUCAACUGGGACUGCGUGCAGCAAGUGCGGAUCUACAGCCACGAGGUUCCGUCGUGCCCCAUCUGCCUGUACCCGCCCGUGGCCGCGCACAUCACGCGCUGCGGUCACAUCUUCUGCUGGCCCUGCAUGCUGCAGUACCUGUCCCUCAGCGAUAAGAGCUGGUCUAAGUGCCCCAUAUGCUAUGAGGCGGUGCACAGCUCCGACCUCAAGAGCGUUGUCGCCAUGGAGACCCGGCAGUACCUGGUGGGUGAUGUCAUCACCAUGCGCCUGAUGCGCAGAGAGAAGGGGGUUCUGGUAGCUCUGCCCAGUUCCCAGUGGGUGAAGGUGGAGGAGCCCAUUCUCCUGGGAGAUGCACGUCUGAGCCCGUACUCCAAGCUGCUGCUGGCCUCCGUGGAGCAGGUGCUGGGGCUGGUGAGGGAGGAGAGAGAUGCCCUGCAGGUCCAGCUCAGCCAGGAGGAGGAGGACGCCCAGGCCUGCUUCAUCCAGGCCGCCCUGCACCAGCUGCAGGAACGGGAGGAGGCCCUGCUGAAGCACGGCUCCAAGGAGGUGGACAGCGUCAGUCUGAGCACCCUGACCCUGGAUGAGCCCCCCUGCCCUGUUCCAGACUUUGUGCCCACUCUCAGCAACAGCAAGCCUGCCAUUUGCUAUUCCUCUGCCUUCGAUGACGAGGUGCAGGACGUGCUGGACGUCCCGGACGAGCAGUGUGAGCCGCCCCCCGCGGUGGACCUCACCCUGGCCCCUGAGCCCCCGGCCCCUGAGGCCCCAGCCCUCGAGCCCCUGCCCGGCGAGGAAGCUCCUCCAAACCAGAGCGAAACCGGACGCCCCAAACGCGAUGAGAACGUCCCUUACUACUACUUUUACCAAGCGGAAGACGGACAGCAGAUGUUCCUGCACCCAGUGAACGUGCGCUGUCUGCUGAGGGAGUACGGCAGCCUGGAGGCCAGCCCCCCCUCCAUCACCGCCACCGUGGUGGAGCUCGACGGGCACACGGUCACUGAGGAGAUCCGCCGACGUCACCGCUACCUGUCCCACCUGCCACUCACCUGUGAGUUCACCAUCUGUGAGCUGGCUCUGCAGCCCCCCGUGCUGUCCAAGGAGACUCUGGACACCUUCGCUGAUGACCUGGAGAAGCGCAGGCGUCUGCGGCAGAAGAAAGCGAGGGAUGAGAAGCGCAGGGAGAGGCGUAUUGAGAUGGAGGAGAACAAGAAGCAGGGGAAAUACCCAGAGGUGCACAUCGGCCUGGAGAACCUGCAGCAGUUCCCUGCGUUCGGCUCGCCCCCCCAGGGCCACAGCCCCCCAGCGCUGCCUGACUUCACCCUGGGGCCCCCCUCUCCCCUCAGCUGCAGCCCGGCCUCCGAAGGCGUGAUGUUCCCCUGCCUGGGUGGCCAGAGCCAGGCUCCCACUGUGGGCAGCUUGGAAGAGGACUCCCAUUGCCUGUCCUUCGCCCAGAUGCUGCGCGACGGGAAGGCCAGAGCUGACGCUGGGCCCAAGGGCGCCCCAAAGACGGACAUGCUGCUGGCCCCCCCUGCAGCAGACAGUGAUGGGGAGAGUGACGGGUCUGACCGGGUACCUGUGCCCAGCUUCCAGAACUCCUUCAGCCAGGCCUUCGAGGAAGCCCUCCUGCAGCUGGACCAUGGGGCACCCGCCCCACCACAGCCUGUCCUUAUCACUGAGGAGAAAGGGGGGAAGAAGAAGAAGAAAAAGCAGAAGCUUUUGUUCAGCACCUCCAUGGUUCACACCAAAUAGAAGACACUGAAGUUAAACGCACUUCCACCACCCUCCAUUUCUGCCUGGACCCCCCCCCGCCCUCCCAUAGUCUUUACUCCAGCCUGUCCACUUGCUCACAUCGCCCCUCCGCAUUCGGAUCAGCAGCUCUAUUUCUGACACAGGUUUGUGGUCCCAGACCAAAGCUCUGCAAGUAUUGCCAAAGCCACACUGAAUUACACACACGGUCAGUAUUACUAGUCUUUCCUUUGCAAGCACCUGGAGAACCAGGACUUGGCAUACUUCCCUGAAUCCACUUAGACCACCCCCCCCCACCCCCCCCGGACACACACUUUUCAAGUUGAGUGUCACACCAGUCUUGUGGUGCAUGUGACAUUCUUGGUCAUUUAUAAGGUGGGAGGAUCUCUUCUGGUCCCAGGGUGGAGAGAAUUCAAGAGGUUGUAGGGGUACAGUGUUUGGGGGGUGGCAGUCAGCCAACUGCAGGUAUAUUCCACCUCCCCCUUUGACCCCCCUCCCUCCCCAUAUAUGUAUUCACUUCCUUUACCCUGGGCCUUUCACUUGGAUGCAAAAUGGAGAUCAAAAAAUAAAUAAAUAAUCCAGCCUAAAAUCUGCAAUACAAGGCAAUGCUUGUCGAAAGGUUUGGAGUUUAGUACUUUUUCAUUCUUUCCAUUCUAUUCUUGCAUCAGUAGUACAUAGUUUAACUCUCUGAAGUGGUUAGUUUUCAUCCCCCCCCCGCACACGCAGACACACGCAGACACACGCAGACACACGCAGACACACGCAGACACACGCAGACACACGCAGACACACGCAGACACACGCAGACACACGCAGACACACGCAGACACACGCACUCUCUCUUCAGUCAUUAGAAGAUGCCUGAGGAAGCUGAAUCCCGGACCUGGACAGACACCAUCUCUUGGGCUCAUCAGUGUUCCCUGAAUAAACGAGAUGCUGCAUGAAACACAUGGGUAUUCUAAAAAAGAAAAUGAAAAGCUUACGCAUUGUUGUGACCUCAUUUAGUUCACCGAUGAUUUGACACUGCAUUGGAUAACACUUCAUGACAUAGUCCUGAGGUGUAUGCACCCUGUUUGUUUUUCCACCUUUCACCCUUUCUAUUAGAACUGGUUUACUGUCUAGGCUAUAGACCCAAGUCCCUUGUUUCUCUGAUUUUGCAAAGAAUUGGAAAUGUGCAAGGCUUGCAGAUUCUGUGACUGCAUUUCUAAUGUAAUGCCUGGGUGGAAUGUAAGGAAAGAAACUAUUAAAAGGAAAAAAAUUGGGAGUUCCUUUGUUUACUUUUUUAUUUUUGAAGUAAAACAUGGAAGAAACAUUAAAUGUAACAAUAAAUAGAAAAUGGUGGAAAUAAAUAUAAUGCACAAUCAA